AGCCGCAUUACGUAAUGUAGUCAAUGAAAGCGCGUGUAAGAAGUUGCGAGACACCUAAAGCACAAGAAAAGUUAAAGUAAAUUUUCACCAUCUUUUUUCAAAGCCACAUGUCGCGAGCAGCCCGAGUACUAUGUACCCUGGUGGAGUGCGUUGUCGUGUGCGCAUUGUGAAGAAUUACAGGUCGCUCCUACCACCGACGCCGAGCCGCGUUGCACCCGGAGCCGCGAAGCUGGCUACCGGAACCGCACUGCUUGCUUACACGCUUUGGUCUGCGACAGAAUCCACACCCUCGGCGUCGUCGUCGACGAGACCGAAAGAUCCCAAUAGCGAACAGCGGACAGCAGCACAUGUUGGCAACUGCAACCGAGAGGAUGCCUGCAAAUCGGCUCUGUCAAUCGGUAUCGGAUGCGGGUCAGGUGGGUCGGGACCAAAUCUACUACGAAGCAGCUCAAUCUUGUGCGAGGAAAUAUCCAAGGAACAGAAGAUACGGACACAGCACGACGACGUCGGCCAUGGUGCAGCAGGACUUUGCAUCUCUUCACGACAUCAAGAAGAGACAAUGGGUGCGGAGACCACAGAGCAUACGCACCAGGGAUCCGCGGCCGCUGCAUCAAAUCAGAGAGAGGUUUCCUCAGCAAAAGCGUCUCGCCCCAAGUUCGCGGAGCGAAGGCCGCGGUCAUUGCGGGCCAGCCUGCGACACGGGGCGGAGUUGCUUCGUCGAAGCAACCCUCGCGUCGUGCACUGUAGCACAGCAGGCGGCUCCACAACGGCGGCUUUUGCAGCAUCAGGCGGACCACGGGGGGCUGGAAGUGCAGCAGAUUCUUAUGCGCUGGACCCUACGACCUCCCUGGUCUUUAAUAUUACGCAGAACGACAAGAAGAAGAACAAUAUCCUCUCGAUGUACAAGAAACUUUUGCACAGCACCUCCGAGUUAGCAAACGCCAUCGUGAGACUAACGCGAAAACUCUUCCGCAUGACGACCCGGUGCGCGACGAUCUUCUUCAAUUUCGCGCCCCUGUUGGUCUUCAGUGCGCCCGCGGCCUUUUGCUGGCACCAGAGCAGCUCUUACCGCACGACGUGGUAUUCCCUACUGCUCACCUGCGUGGAGCAAUGCGGCCCGGCCUUUGUGAAGUUUGCGCAGUGGGCGGCCACUAGGCCAGAUUUGUUCCCCGAUCAACUCUGUUUACACCUCUCGGAGCUCCAUUCCCGCUGCACGCCGCACGAUUUUGCGAAGAGCGAGGAGGUGGUGAGGGGAACGAGCCUGGUGGUGGGGGACGACAGCUUGUUUGAGGGACAACAAGAACCCUUAUCGUCAAAGCUCCAUUUAGACCCCCACGUCGUCGGCUCCGGCUGCAUUGCGCAGGUGCACCGCGGGACGUGGCAGAGUUACGGAGAGAAUUUGGAUUUUUCUCAAGCAGAUGAAACAGGCCCAUCUGUGGUCACGACUUCGAUCACGGCCCCCUUCUCCUCUCCGAGGCGCGUCGCGGUGAAAAUCCUGCACCCCGGGGUGCGGGAGACGAUUGCCGCGGACCUUGAAAUUCUGAAGGCGCUCGCCUGGGCGGUGGAAUACUUUCUCCCGUUUACGAGGUUUAUGGUGCUAACGGAGGCCGUGUCGCAGUUUUCCAUCAUUCUGUCCGCGCAGACGGAUCUGCGGAGGGAGGCGGAACACACGGAGCGCUUUCGAAAGAACUUUGAAAACUACGACAACGUGCGGUUUCCGGAGAUCAUUUUCGCCAGUAAGGAUUUGCUCGUCGAGUCGUUCGAAGAGGGACUACCCAUGCAGGAGUUGCUGCGCGGGUGGGAACAGGUACAGGAGAAAAAAGCUAUAACAGAUCGGAGCAGCAGGCAGGGCGGUAAGGUGUUGUCUACGCCUGUCAACACAAGUACUUCUACGCAACCCGCGAGGACAGCGGCUGCAGUUUCCCCGCCCCGGCGAGCAAGCGACGAAUCUGCACAGCUUCACCUCCCACGAAAGCAGCCGGACGCCGGCCGCAGCAUAGCCGCGAAUGCACCACCACCGACGUCCCUAGACGAACAGGAAGUUCAGGAGGUUUUCGCCCGGAAAGCCUCCGCAGGCCGUUGGUUGAAUUUGUUCUCGUGGCAGGAGAAAGAGGAAAAACUGCUGGAGCAACACUACAGAAAGCAGGAACAUCAAGAUUUUGAACAUGAAGAUCAAGUUCUUGAGCGACAACAAAAUACCACUAACAUUCUCCGCCGCAAGUCCCGCUACAGUUCAGACUUUCUGCAGAAACUCUCCUCGCUCGCGUUGAACGCCUAUUUGAAAAUGCUCUUCACCGACCGGUUUGUCCACGGGGACCUGCACCCGGGAAACAUGUUUUUUAUCAAAUGCAAAAAUGUCUGGGUCUGGAAACUUGUAAUGUUAAAAAUGAAUGAUAGACGCACUGCAAUACGCAGCUAUGCAUGACAAAUCUCUUGGCUGCCAUGUCUUACGUAUUCCGCAUGGCAAACUGCGUUUUUUCGUGACAGGUAAGAGGGCUUUUUCGUGCCUAUGCAACACAGAUUCCCGAGUCAUGCCAGACAAGCAUGACAAACUUGCAUUCUUCCAGACCCAGACAUUUUUACAUUUGAUAUUUUUCCAGGUGAACCGACACGGCGAUCCGGAGUUGAUCUACUUGGAUUGCUAUGAAUUGCAAAUAUGUCUGGGUCUGGAAGGUUAGCACUUGUCAUGCUAAAUCUGUGUUGCAUGAUUACCAAAAGCUGUCCGCUUUUGACCAAGUUGAGAGGGAGUUUCUCAUGCAGGAAAGGCAUGAUAGAGACCUCAAAAAAUCUGUCAUGCUGGGUCUCGCAUUCCAGACCUCAUGGGUCAUGGAAAACCUGCAUCACAAGUCUUGCAUUCUUCCAGACCCAGACAUUUUUGCAUUUGAUAACUGCGGUCUGAGCAUCGAGUUGAACGCGCGCGACGCGACCAAUUUCAACGACUGCGUCUACGCCUUGCUACACGGCAACCCGACGGACGCGGCGCACCUCAUUGUGAAAAGGAGCCCGGGAGAUAGAAAUCUGGUAUUGAUAAAUGAUCAUGAUGAAAAAUUUCAGUUGAAACUACGAAUCGUAUAUCAUCUAAUGCUUGAGCGACAAAAAUGACGAAAAUGUUUUAGUACUUGGACCUUGCAAAAAUGGAAACAAACUUGCAGGUUCGCAACGAAGCGGAGUUUGCGCGAAAAGUGGGCGUUUUGAUCACGGAUUUCCGGCAGCCCAACAGCAAAAUGCACGUGGCGCACGUGACCGGGAAGUUGCUCCUCUACGCCGGCCAGCACAAUGUGACCUUAGAGAGUUCCUUUGUCAAUGUCGCUUUGUCCUUGGCCGUGAUGGACGGCCUGGGCCGGCAGCUCCGGGAGGACUUCAACAUUUUUCGCGCCGCCACCCCCUUCCUCGCACAGGCCGCGCUGAGGUACGCGCGGGGGUAUGUGGAAUGAGUAGAAGGAGAAGGGACGGAUUAUGAUCACUCUUUCACUUAUUUUUCUCGUCGCUCUUUGUGCUGUUUGAGUUUGAUUUUCUCUACUGGUACGGCUUUUUUCUACGAUGGGUCUAUGAAUGAGCGCACUCGACGCAACUUGGAUUCCAAUCGAUGCAGGAUAAUUGCGGCCUCGCGAAAGACCAGAGACCGAGCCGCAAAGUGUAAUGACUUUGUCAACACUUUCUCGAAGCGUAGUUUGAGAGAAGAGUAAGAAAUUGAUGCUCUACGUGCUGCUCAUCUACUUGGAUUCUUGUUCGGUAACUCUAACAACUGUUCCCUCGUCGUGUGUGCAGUUUCCUCUGGUCGGUCUGUGCUCAUUACCGGUUGCUGAAAUCUCGUGAAAUCGAAAUGCGUUGCACUUCGGUGGAAAAUAUCGUCCGUUGGUUCUCGUUCAGUUUUGCCUACGUACCUCGUCCUAGUGUGUUCCAUUUCGUGACAAGAUGAAAUAAGCGCAGACCCUCAAGUAGCUCGUCCUUCCUCCUGUUGCUUUCCGUCGGUCCGUCUUGGUCGUACUCUGGUCGUGCCGCAAGUCGGUUUUCGUCGUGCAAGAAAGAAGUUUCUGUGACAAUCGUAUGGGAGCUGUGCGUGCACGUUUUGGUUGAAGUUUUCGUGGCCGUCUUGCUGUGUUUCACUUUCUUCGUCAGACAUAUAUGUUGUCACUGGAAAAA